UGCUCAAACCCAGCCAGCUCAGCGGAUUAGCCCCGGACGCUGGUAAAUAGUGGUCACCUUCCCUUCCUCUUCCUCUUCCUCCCCCCUACAGCACGCGAACUGAUCCCCUUCCGCACCACGACAUCCUCCUCGUCUUCCGAUCCGAAGCAAGCAAGCAAAGCGCGGCGGGGGCGGGGAUGGCGGCGGCGCCGCCUGCCGACGGGCAGGAGAAGGUGAUCGCGGCGGCGCAGCACAUCGUCAAGUCGCUCGCCAACUCCAAGAACGCCGCGGACGACAUGAUCCGCAUCCUCUCGGGCUUCGACAACCGCUUCUCCCUCAUGUCCGACCUCUUCCCGGCUCCACCCAACGCCGGUCCCGGAUGCGGCUCCGUCCCGGAGGAUGAGGGCGAGGGCGGGGGCGGGGCCUACGGGGAGGAGGACGACUACCAGCGGGAGGGCCCUGGCCCUAGCGGCGGCGGCGACGACGAGGACGACGAGAGGGACGCGGCGGUGGAGGAGGCGGUGCGGGUGGUGGAGCAGUGGGAUUCCCCCGCGGCGGGGGACCGGCUGGUGUUCGAGUCGUCGGAGGACGCGGAGGAGUACCUCGGCGCCGCCGCGUGCCUCGUGGGCGCGGCGGGGCCGCGCGUGGAGGCGGCGCUGCAGGUCGCCAUGGCGCGGCUCGAGGAGGAGUUCCGCCAGCUGCUGAUCCGCGGGACCUCGUCGCUCGCCGCCGAGGACCUGCACGCCUCCCUCCUCCGCCGGCUCUCGCUCACGGUACCCACCUUCUACUCCGCAGCCGGCGACCUGGACUGCCCCUCCUUCGCGAGCCACGGUGAAGAGGGGGACGAAUCUGCGGGCGCGGGCAGAUGGAGCUCGGUCUCGGACGGCGAGAUCUCGCCCUACCUCAUUGCCCCGGACACGGUCAGCGCCCUCAGGGACAUCGCGGACGUCAUGCUGCGCGCUGGGUAUUCGCCUGAGCUUUGCCAGGUCUACAGCGAGGUGCGCCGGGACACGCUUAUGGAGUGCCUUGCCGUGCUUGGGGUCGACAAGAUGAGCCUGGAGGAGGUGCAGCGCGUGGAAUGGGGCGUCCUGGACGGCAAGAUGAAGAAGUGGAUCCAGGCGCUCAAGGUCGUUGUCCAGGGCCUUCUUGCCGAGGAGCGCCGCAUCUGUAGCCAGAUCCUUGCGUCCGACGCUGAUGCCGAGGAGGAGUGCUUUACUGAGGCGGCCAAGGGGUGUGUCCUGCAGCUGCUCAACUUUGGUGAUGCCAUUGCGAUCGGGAAGAGAUCCUCUGAGAAGCUGUUCCGUAUUCUUGGCAUGUAUGAGGCGUUAGCUGAGUUGCUGCCAGAGCUCGAGGCAUUGUUCUCUGGUGAGGCGAGGGAUUUCAUCAAGGAAGAGGCAGAGGGGAUACUCGUGAGGCUAGGGGAUGCAGUCCGAGGCACGGUUGCUGAGUUUGCCAAUGCGAUACGUGGGGAGACUUCUCGCAGACCACUGCCUGGUGGCGAGAUCCACCCGCUCACGCGCUACGUCAUGAACUAUGUACGACUGCUUGCUGAUUACAGCCGCUGGCUGAACGAUCUGCUUGAUGGCUGUGAGUCUGAGCUGGAAACUGGGGGUGAAAAUGUGGAUAUGACUCCACUUGGACACUGUGUGCUCAUACUGAUCACAAAUCUGUUGGACAAGAUUGAGGAUAAAUCGAAGCUGUAUGAUGAUGAGGCACUGCAGAACAUAUUUCUGAUGAACAAUCUGUGGUACAUUGUGCAGAAGGUGAAGGAUUCAGAGCUAAAGACAUUGCUUGGGGAUAACUGGAUCCGCAAGCGCCGUGGUCAGAUAAGGAGGUACUCCACAGGUUACCUCCGAUCCUCAUGGACUAGGGUAUUAGCUUGUCUGAGGGACGAUGGGUUGCCACAGGCAACAGGUUCAUCGAGUGCACUCAAGGCUGCACUGAAAGAAAGGUUCAAGAACUUCAACUUGACUUACGAGGAGUUAUACAGGACACAGACAGCAUGGAGGGUUGUGGAUCCUCAGUUAAGAGAGGAGUUGAAAAUUUCUAUCUCAGAGAAGGUCCUUCCAGCAUACCGCUCGUUUGUUGGAAGGUUCCGAGGCCAGCUAGAGGGGGGAAGGAAUUUUGCGAAGUAUAUAAAGUACAACCCUGAGGAUGUGGAGAACCAGGUCUCAGAUUUCUUUGAAGGGAAAAGAUUGAAUGCUUAAUCAAUCUGUCUACAUUUCAAGGGAUGUUCAUAUCAAUGUUGGUGGUUACAAGUCCCUAGCAAUAUUCAUUCAGUCCCCGUACUAGGGAACUUGCUCUGCCAACAUUCUUUUGAGGUUUGAAGAUGGAGAAAUCAGUUUUGACUAGAGGGGCGUAAAUGUGGUAAAUUGCAAAGCAAACAGACAUCUUGAUUGUUUCAUGGUGGGUGCUGACAUUUGUGCUUGGGCUUCCACAUGGAAUUUAGGACCCUGCGGUGAACUGUGUAACUGCUAUUCUUACAGUUUACCUUUUGUUGAUUGUUGACUUGUUGGACUUCAGAAGAAUGGUUGCCGGUCGGUGGUUGGCAUUUUAUGUACAUUUUAUACCAGCAGUUAUGUUCAGUUGUUCACUUUUACCUUAGUGCAAAUUUUGUUAUCUUCAGUUUAGUUGGUUGCU